AUGGCUAUGAGGGCUGCACUGCGGGAGUAUCCGAUGUCAGAUUCACCUUCGGAAUCGUAUGUUCUAUUGCAAAUAUCGAGUGUUCGCGUCGACUCCGAGAGUAGCCGAAAGAUCGAUAAGGAAGCUGCGCUAACAGAAGCCGGGUGUCUCCCCCUAAUAAACAGUGUACAGUGUCGCUCGAAACGUCGUUAUCUUGGAGAAACAGGAGCGGGCAAAAGCUCUGUCAUUAACCUGUUAGCUGGCCAAGCGAUUGCACACAUAUCGCCCGACUCUCACCGCUGUACUCUGCAUUGGCCGGAGUACCAAAUAACCUUCGAAGAUGGGGUCUCGAUACAAGGUGUUGAUACGGUCGCCUCGAAGAACCUCGUCUAUAAACCGCCCGUGGAAGAUGCGCGUGUUCUGGAGGUGGAGGCUGGUGCUGUCCAUCCCGUUCACGCUGAGAUAAUGAUUACCUCCUGGGCCCAAGAGGAAAGAUCUCUCCUUGAACAUAGUCACCUGAAUAUGGAUCCCAACUUUUGGCACCCUGAUCAGAGGGCGUCUAGUAAGAAUAUCCACGAGGAAGUGGUGGCUGCUCUCCGAGGAGUUUAUACUCCGACGAAGAGUUUGGGAAUGAGGAGACAGGACUGUGGCUCGGGAGAGAAGCGAGACGUCUGCUAA